AUGACUACUAAAGAUGCUCUAAGAGACCCACUGGAGGCGGCAAAGAGAUCCACCGCAUUGGAAGGAGUCCGCUCUAUCAAGGGCACCGAAUCUUGGGAAGCCGCCGUCACAAAAAUAGGUUUUGAGGAAGCAAGCCUCCCUUCAACCUCGGAAACGCGUAAGAAACAGUUGCUUCAUUUCUGCAUAGUCGGUGGUGGACCAACCGGAGUUGAAUUCUCUGCCGAAUUACACGAUUUGAUCCAUGAUGAUCUAAGCCGCGCAUUCCCGACAUUAGCACCUUUGGUCAAAAUAUCCCUUUAUGACGUCGCUCCUCGUAUUCUCAACAUGUUUGAUUCUGCGCUAGCAGAUUAUGCGAUGAAACAUUUCGCUCGCCAAGGGAUCGAGGUACAUACACAACGAACAGUGACAAAAGUUGAGGAGGGGUUAUUACACUUGAAGGAAGAAGGCCCGGUGGGAUUUGGAAUGCUUGUUUGGAGUACUGGCCUGGAAAUGACGCCGCUGAUCAAAGGUCUCCAGGGCGUCAAGAAGGAUCCAAAAGCAGGCAGGAUCGUGACUGAUGGCCAUUUAAGGGUAUUACGUCCCGAAUCAGGAAAGAUGGAAACGGGAGUUAUCCAGGAUGUUUAUGCAAUGGGAGACUGCUCUGUCAUUGAGAAGGACGAAUUACCCGCUACAGCACAGGUGGCGUCCCAACAAGGCUUGUGGCUCCGAAAGCACUUCAACCUUCUUGGGAAGAAAGGCAUACUAGAUCAACCUCCAAAGCCUCUGAUAAAGGCCCAAUCUUCCCGAGAGGACAAGGUAUCCGAGGCCACCCUAGAAGUGGGAACUCAAAAGGACAUUGAAGAGAGCAUUGAUCGUGGCUUCCGAUAUCAUAAUAUCCUCACUUUGGCAUAUCUCGGUUCUUGGAACGCAAUAGCCCAGCAGAGACUGAUAGGAAUCUAG